CUCUGUAGCGGAAGUGGCUCGCCGGAGAGUUUCGGCUGGCUGACAGCAGAGGGAGAGAGAGAGAAAGAGAAAUGGCGCCUCGGCACUCUACUAGCUGAGACACAGUCAGAACGAAAGCAACUGACAAGAGCUAGAGGACAGGACCUGUCUAUCAGCGGGGACAGACAGCAAUCAUGGUGAACACCAGAAAGAGCUCGGAGCACAAGCCCGUCAGUCCUUUCAUCUCGGGCCGGACGAGGUCGUCUCAGAGGAACAACCCAAACUUGGACGAGCACAACAGCCGUGUAAGGAAGAGAGAGACACCGGCAGCCUAUUCUCUCCGCCAGCCGAAAGAGCCCAGCAGUGAUGUUAACAGCAGUAGCCCACGUUUGUCCCCGCCGCCCAAGCGGACACGCAGACAGACGCCACCAAGUUCUACUGAUACUUCUCCUAGUCCCCAGAGUAAAAGCCAGAGAGGCUCAUCAUGGACCAUGUCCAAACACUGUACUAGGUUGUCCACUGGUGCCUUGCAGAAUGGACACAGUCGAAUGAGUCUGAGGGGUGAUUCUACAUCAGAUGGGGACCACGGCCGCAUGAACGGUCAUGUUGAGCUCAAGAGAAGCCGUCGCGUCAGGAAGUCUCAAUUCGAACACCUCAAUCAGAGUUUACUUUUCGACCAACUUGUCAACAGUACGGCAGAAGCAGUUCUUCAAGAGAUGGACAACAUCAGCAGCAUACGGCAGAAUCGGGAAGUGGAGCGCCUCCGCAUGUGGACGGACACUGAACUGGAAAACAUGGACAUGUACUCCCGUGUGAAGAGGAGGAAGUCUUUGCGGAGGAACACAUAUGGAAUGCAGGCGCAUCACAAAGUCAUGAGCAAAUCAAAGGACCCCGAAGAGGAGGAAGGAACUGAAGAGUCUCACGAGGAAGGAGAGGAGGAUGAAGAUGUGGAGGCUGAUGAUGAUGAAGACGAUGAAGGAGACGAGGCAGAAGAGGUUGGAGAGGAGAACGAUAGACCUUAUAACCUCAGGCAGCGUAAAACUGUGCAGCGAUAUGAAGCUCCCCCAAUAGAGCCAGUGAACAGGAAGCAAAGCAAGGGCUCUCUGUUCGACACACACCGAUCUCCUGCAAGAAGAAGCCAUAUUAGAGUAAAGAAACAUGCCAUUCACAGCAGUGAAUCAACAUCAUCAUCAGAUGAAGAGCGUUUUGAGAGGCGGAAAAGCAAAAGCAUGAGCCGAGCUCGUAACAGGUGUCUACCCAUGAACCUGCGGGCAGAGGAUUUGGCCAGCGGUGUUCUUCGAGACCGAGUAAAAGUGGGUGCCAGUUUAGCGGAUGUGGAUCCCAUGAAUCUGGACACUUCUGUGAAGUUUGACAGUGUUGGAGGUCUCACCCAUCACAUCCAGUCUUUGAAAGAAAUGGUCGUCUUUCCUCUACUAUAUCCAGAAGUGUUUGAGAAGUUUAAGAUCCAGCCUCCAAGAGGAUGUCUGUUCUAUGGGCCUCCAGGAACUGGGAAGACGCUUGUGGCGAGGGCUUUGGCUAAUGAAUGCAGUCAGGGUGACAGGAAGGUGUCUUUUUUCAUGCGCAAGGGUGCAGACUGCCUCAGCAAAUGGGUGGGAGAGUCUGAGCGACAGCUCCGCCUACUUUUUGACCAGGCAUACCUCAUGAGACCCUCCAUCAUCUUUUUCGAUGAGAUUGAUGGCCUCGCUCCUGUUCGCUCCAGCAGACAGGAUCAAAUUCACAGCUCCAUAGUGUCCACGUUACUGGCGUUGAUGGAUGGUUUGGACAGCCGGGGGGAGAUAGUGGUCAUCGGUGCUACAAACAGACUCGACUCUAUCGACCCCGCACUCAGGAGGCCCGGACGCUUUGACCGGGAGUUUCUGUUCAACCUGCCAGAUAAAAAGGCCCGAAAGCACAUUUUAGAAAUCCACACCAGGGACUGGAGCCCCAAGCUAGCUGAACCCUUCGUAAAUGAGCUAGCCGAGAAAUGUGUCGGUUACUGUGGAGCCGACAUCAAAGCACUUUGCACAGAGGCUGCGCUAGCGGCUCUGCGUCGGCGCUAUCCUCAGAUCUACGCCAGCAGCCAGCGUUAUCAGCUGGAUGUGGGCUCCAUCGUUUUGGGGCCACAAGACUUUGGUCGUGCCCUGCGCUCCAUAGUACCUGCGGGCCAAAGGGCCGUGGCCCCACCCGGCCAGGCCCUUUCCUGCGUAUUGAAGCCCCUGCUGCAGCCCACGCUGGUUCAAACGCUUGCCUGCCUGAUGCGAGUCUUCCCCCAUGCAGAGCUCCUGCACAGGGAACACACACACGACAUGGACAAUCAUCUGUUGGUGGAGGACUCGUACAGCGAGGAUGAGGAAUGUCUUGGUGCUCCUUCCAUUUAUGAAACUCAGUCAGGAUCGCCGAAGAAAGCAGCUUCCUGCGCGACCCAUAAACCCUUUCUCCACUUUACCACUUCUGCCUACCAGCAGCCCACCUCUUACCGGCCACGGCUGCUGCUGACGGGGCCCCAGGGCGCGGGGCAGAGCACACACCUGGCCCCCGCUGUGCUGCACCACCUGGAGAAGUUCACUGUGCAUCGUCUCGACCUUCUCACGCUGUACUCCGUCAGUGCCAAAACCCCAGAGGAGUCCUGCGCUCAGGUGUUUCGUGAGGCUCGACGGUGUGUUCCCAGCAUCAUCUACAUGCCUCACAUUGGUGACUGGUGGGAAGCCAUCAGUGAGACGGUCAAGAGCAGCUUCCUCACACUGCUGCAGGAUGUGCCCUCAUUCACACCGCUCCUCAUCCUCGCCACAGCAGAGACCAUCUACCAGCAGCUCCCUGACGAGCUAAAAUGCAUCUUCAGCCAUUCAUAUGGGGAGGUGGUUUGUUUAAGCAUGCCAGGAGAAGAAGCACGUAGGAAAUUUUUUUCAGACCUCAUUCUGGUGCAGGCGGCCAAGGCACCACCCCGCAGGAGAAACACAGUGUGCGCUCUGGAGGUGCUGACCCUCGCUGAAGACCCCGGCCCUCGACAGCUCUCACCAGAGGAGCAGCGGCGACUGGAGGAGCAAGAGGAGAACACCUUGCGUGAGCUCCGCCUCUUUCUCAGGGAUGUCACAAAGCGUCUCGCCACUGACAAGCGCUUCCAGAUCUUCAGCAAGCCCGUGGACAUUGAGGAGGUGUCAGACUACCUCGAGGUUAUCACACAGCCUAUGGACCUGUCCACCAUCAUGAUGAAGAUCGACACUCACAAGUACACAGUUGCCAGGGAUUUUCUAGUGGACAUUGACCUCAUUUGCAGCAACGCGUUAGAGUACAAUCCAGACAAAGACCCAGGAGAUAAAAUCAUCCGCCACAGGGCCUGCAGUCUGAAGGAUACUGCACACGCCAUGAUCGCCUCUGAACUGGACCCUGAGUUCGACCGCAUGUGCGAGGAGAUCAAGGAGUCCCGCAGGAAGAGAGCCUCUCAGACCACACCGCAGCCAGCCAUCGCUCCAAGCGCCGUGGCAACCAGGAAGCCCAUGGGAGAGGAGGCGGGAUUAAGCAGUUCUCAGUGUGAUGGAGUGGACAAGCACUGCAGCAAUAACAUAAAACGAAAACUGCGACGGCGACCGAUUUGGGGGCGGGGCAUCAUCAGGAAGAAGAAGAGCUAUAAAAAGGAGGAAGCAGAAGAAGAUGAUGAACCAGAUGAGGAAGAGGGAGCAGAGGACUCGGCUGCAAUGUUGCAAGGUGAUGCCUGUCUCACUCAGGACGAGUCGUCAUGUGAUGCAAUGGAGCUCCAUCCUGACAAACAACCACUCCAGGCCAACGGACACGUCCUCUCCACGGAGGAGGAAAACUCCUGCGAGCCGACGGCCACUCAGGACCCUCAGGGCGAAGAGGAGGCGAUCGAGACACCCUCGGAUGAGGCUCCCAGCGGUAAGAAGCCAUCUGAGGCCCCGACGGCCCCCGCACCUCAGGAGUGUGUGAAUGGAAAUGAAUCUAUGGACAGUGUGUACAGUGAUGCUCUAGAUAAAGAAACAGAGGUAGACUCUAUUAAAAUAGAUGCACUUAAAGAGAAACGAGCGGAGCAUAAAGAACCUUCUGCCCCAGAAUGCAAUGCAGAGGAGAAUGUGGCGACAACGGAGGAAACCGUGUCUGAUGGCGACCAUGAAAAAGAAGGUUCAUUAAAAGGGAAGAAAUGUGGUAAAGGUCCAUCCGAACCGGAGUCAGAGGAGUUGGCUGUCAGACUCGAGGAGGCUGUGCAACUUCCGCCACCUCCUGCUCUCGUGGUUGACCACCAGCAGCUAGAGGCUUUGUUGGAGCAGGUGGUUGUAAAAAGUGAGGGCUUCAGUGUGGAUCAUCUGGAGAGAGUUUACUCAGUGCUCAGCCAGUGCAUUUACCAGCACCGCAGAGACUACGACAAGACCCGUCUGAUAGAGGCGAUGGAGAGGCAAGUUAAGCAUUUCGAAACAUUCCUGUGAUGAAUAGAGGGCUUUCAGAGAGAAAUGUGAUCGGAGACUCUUUUGAUAGAAGAGGGAGAGGCCAGCGUUCGGAGCCAAGUCCUUAACGUGGAGCAGGUCUGGACGCCUCGGUCUUAAAUGACAGCGGGAAGGGGAAAAAAAAAAAGGUGCAGACAUUUGAAACAAAGGCUUACAAAGGCGACCUUGGUGCUAUCAUCUCAGGUACCUGAAACAGAACCAAACACAAAAACUCCUGGAGGUUUCAUUUUUGCUUGUUUCUUUUUUGUAAACUCACAUACAUGCCAAUUGCUGAUGAUUGUUCUUGGUGCUAUUGGGUGCUAUUGUUUUUUUUUUUGUUUGUUUUCAUCUGCUGCUCCUUGUUCUUCUCAUAAAUAAGCAAACAAAACACAAACAAACAGUACAAAAAUAAAAGAUUGUGUGAUGUCACAAAGCAACCUCAGCCUCUGUCUACUGGAAGUAAACACAUAUACAUACACACAGAUUCUCACCAGCAGUGGAAAACAGUAUACGGACAGUGUGAUGCCCUACAGCUCGAGUCAGUUGGUCAUUUACUGUGGAAAUAAACUACAUUACACUCUUUCUACGUCCAACCUCCAACCCCCUGAGCAUCGUUCCACUCCUGUGAUGUCACACCUUGUCACCAUUGAGAUUAUCAACACUUUUUAGCCUCAUAGAUACUCCUGCUGGAACAACAACACGUUUUGUAGGGACGUCUAGUGACAAGUUGUUUUCUACUGGAUGUUAAUUGUAAGUUUUGCAAGGCCUCUGUAUUGUAAACCAACUUUUCCCUGUGAAAAAUGAGACUGUGUUCUCCUAUUCAGACUUUAAUAUUUGUAGAAACAAACAAAAAAUAAAUAAAUGGACAGAUUUUGGUUAAAAUAGAUCUUUAGGAGAGGAAUAGUAGUAUUUUAGACCCAUCACAUAUUUUUCCCCCUAGGGCUUUUUCAUUUUUGUUUUAUUUUUUUUGGCAUUUUUCUGGUUUAACUGGAUUUAUGAGUAGAUUAUCUGGAGAUUGCACUGCCUAGCAUGUGCCUUAAACUUUGAAAUAGUAUUUCACAAGCAAUUAAUGUUUGUGGACAAGCCACAGGGCUACAAACCCUUUCCAGAUGUUUUAAGAGACUUCGAUAAAGUCGUCUUUUGGUGUACUUUGUAGUUAAUUGUUUGCCGGUCUCUUCUCAAGUCACCAACCCAAACAUCUCCAUGAUUUGGUUGCUCCAUCAAACGAUGUGGCUUUCUUUUGCCAUCCAUUUUUAUUGUAACGUCACAAAUUUAGAGUAAAAAUAUCAGCGAUGUUUUGAUGUUCAAAUCGUUGAAGCUACAAUGGCAGUCUAGGCAGUGCUGAAUUUUUGAACGUAAAGCAUUAUUAUAUGUUUUUGUUGUAUUUUUUUUUUAUAUUUUUUGUUUGCCGUUUUUUAGUGUUUCCAUUGUGCUAACUGUCUAAUAUUGUGCUGAAUCCUGUUGCAUUAAUAGCUUAAUUUCAGUCAGUUUUGGUGUUAAGUAUCAUUAGCUCCCCCUCUCAAACUUUCAGCUUUCAAUGCUUUGUAAAGAACGUUGAUCCAAGUUCAAGAGUCCCCGUGACCUUGUCUCGGAUUCGGUGCUAUAGACAAAACGGAAAAAAGAGAGAGAAAAAAAUAACACUUUUUAAGACAUAUGCAAAAGGAUAAAACUAGGAGUUAGCUUUGGACUACUGCAGUGCGUGUGAGAGACAGAAGCACAGCUACCUCAGCAAGUUGUUUUCAUGCGAAGAGACAAAAGUAAUGACCUGUUUACUGACAAACAGUAUUUGUUGACCUCUGUAAUAUCACUGCGCCCUUCAGAAAUUCAAGCUAAGGUACUGGAUCACCUCUCCGACAUGUGGCUGCUGCAGUAAUCCUCGGGUUUGUUCAGAUUUUGUUUUCUUAGUAUUUCAUUUUUUGGGUUGUUCUGCUUUUGAGCCGAGAAAAGAAAUGGCAUUAUAAUAUCGGUGAAAUGUUAUAUAUUGUAUAUUUCAGUUUUUCUACAUGUGCAUCCCAUGAAUUUUAUAUUAGUGGCCAUGUUUGUGAAAUGCUUCAGUCCAUUUCAUGUUUUUAAUUUCUCUCAAACUUUGCAGUCGCAUUUUUACUUCGUGCUAUUGCCUGUCCUUUUUUUUAUUUAUUAAAUUAUGAUCAUAUGUACAACAUUUUGUUCAACCAAAACUAAUUGGAAAAAUUGUUACACGAAAUUUGCGCCGAGACACGAUGUAGCGCAUUUUUGUAGCAGGUGUUGCACGACGUUCAGAAACGGGGUUUACUGGUCUCAGGUCUCUGCUACAUUAAUAUUUAUUCCAUUAAGGUGCAUAUGAUGGUGGUUAGACUUCUUUUUCAUUUUCAAAUAUUACUGUAGAGGAUGAAGGGGAAGUUCAUGUGGCUAAUGUGUGUUUUGGGGUCCCUCUCCAUCACCUGUAGUAUCAACAACAUGCCUAAUUGGUGUAGCUUGGAAGAAACUACUGUAAUACUGACCACUUGUGCUUCUCACAAAUUUAUCUGGGGAAAAAAAGAUGAUUUAAUUGAUGCCAAUUCACAAGACGCCCUGUUUUUCAUAGCUAUAUGAAAGCAUAAGGUAACUGGCCCUGAAUCUAAAUCAAAUCUUGGUCAGCGCUUUAUGUGGAAAUGAAAUUUCACAUUUAGACCACUAAUAUAUUUUUUAGAAAAUUAACUCUUAAAUCCUGCAUUAAAAAUGUUUCAAUGUGGGCAUGAAAGUCUAUGUAGUUCUAUGUGUUUGACUACAAGCUAAAGUUCUUUUCCUUUAGUUGACCCAAGUUUAAUUCAAAUUGUUCGACUGACAGUAGGAAGUCAAUAGCAUUUUGCUUUAGGUAGGUGAAUAAGACCCACUAAACCCACCUGAUUUCAGUUUAACAAGUUCAGUUUUUUAAGUCAAUGCUCUAUGUUGAAGAGAUUUGUCUUGUUUGCAAAUAAUGGUUUGUUUAGUUAAUUUCAUGUAAUCAGUAGAUUUUUACCCCUUUAAUGAUUUACAAGGUUGAGGGAAUGUUUUUUUUUUUCUUUUGUUUUUUUGAGUAAUACCAGAAUUUGUUCCUUUUUAUAUUUACUACUAUGAAGCAAAUCAAAACCACACAUAUUGUUCUGUCCUUCCCUGCAGUCCUUUUGUGAAAUGAAAUAUUUACUGUAAUUUCUGAAAUAAACUGCUGUGAUAUACUUGAAUAAAAGGUGCAAAUUGAA